CAGCUCGGAAAUCAAAGAACAUUUGACACGCAGUGUUGCUACAUUCGUUGUUGUGACUGUGAAGAACGUAGAAGUACAACUCGCAAAAUCAACCAAAAUGAAGCUGCUAAAUAAUUUGCUUCUGAAACGCACCUCGACGUAUCUUGUGGGAAUAGCUGGAUGUGUGUUUUUCUUUGAACGCGGUUUCGACAUGAUUACCGAUGCUGUGUUCGAAUCUCACAACAAAGGCAAAUUGUGGAACGAUAUCAAGCAGAAGUACGAGCAAUAACUAAUCUACAAGACGCCUGUUGCAGUUACAAUUUAUUCGAAAUAAAAUGUAGCUCACUAAAAAUCUAA